GCCCAAAUCACAAACGCACGUAUGGAUCAUGAAAAAUAAUGUACAUGUAAGUGCUGGCCUGGAGUUUAUUGUGAAAGAGGAGGACCUCCAAUGGCUGGAAGGGUGUUAUGUUGGAAGUGCACAUUCGAUUAACAUUAUCCCGACUCUGCAGCAAAAGUUCUUCAUGGAAGGAUAUUUUUCGUGUAAAGUAAGACCUAUGGGAGGACGUUUGCUCUUAUUUGAAGGGGGCGACAAAGAUGAGAUUAAGGACUUAGUUGAAACAACCCCGGAAUGGUUGAGGCAGUGGUUUGAGGAGGUAAAACCUUGGUCACCAUCAGCUGUUGCUAAAGAAAGGUUCGUGUGGAUUCGAUGCCAAGGCGUUCUGAUUCAUGCCUGGGGGCAUGAGUUCUUCUCAUCAAUUGGGGCUGUUUGGGGAAAGGUUAUUUCCUUAGAUGAUAGCACCAUUAAGAAGAACAGAUUUGACAUCGGGAGAUUUCUAAUCUCCACGCCCAUUAUGGAGUUCAUCUCUAAAUCCAUGAACAUCACAGUAAAUGGUAUGCCAUAUACAGUCAAAGUAAUGGAGGAAGAGGCAACCAACGGCAUCUUUUCCAUGAAGUCUGAUCAUGUGUUCAGAGAAUUAAGUGCUUCAGACAAUCACAGCUCGGAAUCAUGGUCCCUCAAUAGCGAUGGUGAGGAUGUCUUUGCUGAUUUUGUUCAUGGCGGAGGAUGCUCUAAGGAUUAUGGGAGAAGUGCAGUUGGCAGGGCUGAUGAAGAUGACAUGGCUAAGGCUGAUGACGUGGGACUUGACCAUGGAAGAAGGCAAGAAGAGAGUUGGAUGGAGAGCUACAACGUGGAGACAACGGCUAGAAGAAAGAAAUUUGAAUUUGAAGAUGAUAUUGACAGAAGGAUGAGUGUUGAUGGUUCUGAUAUACAGGCUAAUGAGUAUGUUGAGUCAAGUAUUGGGAAAUCUCAAAAGUUUCCUAUCAGCAAGCUAGAAGAGACGGCUAAGGAAG